AUGCUGAGUAUCUUGGGUAGAGUAAGAAGGGAUAAAGAAAGGAGUAUUGUUGGUGAGGAGUAUCUUCAAGUGGUUUUUGAUAAGGCCACUUUUGCAGUUUCUGCAAUUCUGCAUCCAAGCACCUAUUUGAAUAAAAUUCUCCUUGGGAGUGAACAAGGGGGCUUGCAGCUGUGGAAUAUAAGAUCCAACAAACUCUUGUACUCAUUUCCAGGAUGGGGCUUGGGGAUCACAACUCUCGCACAAGCCCCAGCAGUAGAUGUUAUCGCAGUUGGUCUCGUAUCUGGCCAUAUCAUUAUACAUAAUAUUAAGUUUGAUGAAACUCUUAUGAAAUUCCAACAAGACUGGGGCCCCAUCACAGCAAUAUCUUUUCGUACAGGUAGGUCUUUUUAAAAUGCGUGUAACAUC